CCAUCACGGAGACCCUGUGGGAGAUGCCGUGGGCUCUCUACUACAGAUUAGGAAACAGGCCCGUAGAGGGGUCACACGGCCAAGUAGCGGCACUCCAGGCAAUGGGGUCCCUCAAGGGGAAGGGGCAGACUUCUGGGAGUCAGAGCCAGCAGCUGGGCUGGGAAGCUUCGAGUGUGGACAGAGAGGGUGGGAAUGACGUUCCCUGUGGGAAGAGAGGGUGGGCAAGCCUGGGAUGCCUCUGAGCGGGAAUCCAGCAUGCCUUGUGAGAAGGGUCACAAGCACACCCUUGUGAGGAGGUUGAGCCCCAUCGAGGACAGGACGGAGGGAGUCUGAGCAGGCAGAGAGGGGGGCUGGGGAGGCGCUGGCUCGGGGAGGAAGUGGGUAAGGGAGAAAUCUUGACAUCAACACCCAACAGGCAAAUGUCAUGGCCUGUGCUGUGGGGGUUUCUGGAGGACUUCUAGGAAAAUGAGGGAAGAGCAGGAAAAGGCGACAUGGCUGCAGGGGCCAGGCCCAGGAGCCUGCCCUCCACAGCACUCAUUCUGCAGAAGGGAAACUUGAGGCCCCCAGACGGCAGGGGUUGAUCCUGCAGAGACUGGUGAGCAAACGGGAUCACCCCAAGCCCCAGUGGCCCUAGGAACACUUACAAUCUCUGACCUGGACUAAGGCUGACAGCCUGGCCCAGUUAAGAGUUUCCCAGAAGGAUGGCCCAUACACUUUAAAUUAAAGGGGCCAGACACAGGUGCACACCACUCCCAGCCACUGUGGAAGCUGAGGUGGGGGGAUCGCUUGAGUCUGGGAGUUGGAGGCCAGCCUAGGCAGGCAACAUAGUGAGACCCCAUCUCCAAAAAAAAAAAAAAAACACCAAAAAAGGUCCCAGGAAGACCUCUGAAUCUUUCUGGAUCUCUCAGUGGAGACCUGGAAAUCUGAACUUUGACAAUCCCUCCCACAGUGGGGCCAAGGAGGAGUUAGGCAAGCCAAAAGAAGUGAACUUUACUCUUCUAUUACCUGUUUGAAUUUUGUAUCCAAGCAAGUAUUACUUAAGUAAUUUAAGAGACUGGUUCAUCGAAAAAAUAAAACUCCCCAAAUUCCCAUAGCUGGCAGACUGUGGUCACAGCCACAGUGCACUAAGACUAUCUGCUCAGCCCUUCCGGUGACCCAAAAGGGUCUGAGAACAGGAGCUCAGAGUUGGGUCAGCUGUCCAGGUACUCAGGGUUGUCACAGGCAAAACUGCUGGAACUCAGGGCAGCAUUGCAAAUGCCACGUCGCUCUCAGGGCCCCUUGCCUGCCGCUGGAAUUAAACCCACCCAGAUCUUGGAAACUCUGCCCUGGACCCUUCUCAAUAAGUCCAUGAGAAAUCAAACUCUUUCCUUUAUGCGACACUGGAUUUUCCACAAAGUAAAAUCAAGAUGAGUAAAGAUGUGGUUUCUAGAUAGUGCCUGAAAAAGCAGAGACCAUGGUGUCAGGCGUCACCACUUGGGCCUAUAAAAGCUGCCACAAGACGCCAAGGCCACAAGCUACCCAGCCUAUGCAUCCGCUCCUCAAUCCUCUGUUGGCACUGGGCCUCAUGGCGCUCUUGUUGACCACGGUCAUUGCUCUCACUUGCCUCGGUGGCUUUGCCUCCCCAGGCCCUGUGCCUCCCUCUACAGCCCUCAGGGAGCUCAUUGAGGAGCUGGUCAACAUCACCCAGAACCAGAAGACCCCGCUCUGCAAUAGCAGCAUGGUGUGGAGCAUCAACCUGACAGCUGGUGUGUACUGUGCAGCCCUGGAAUCCCUGAUCAAUGUGUCAGGCUGCAGUGCCAUCGAGAAGACCCAGAGGAUGCUGAGCGGAUUCUGCCCGCACAAGGUCUCAGCUGGGUUUUCCAGCUUGCAUGUCCGAGACACCAAAAUCGAGGUGGCCCAGUUUGUAAAGGACCUGCUCUUACAUUUAAAGAAACUUUUUCGCGAGGGACGGUUCAACUGAAACAUCGAAAGCAUCAUUAUUUGCAGAGACAGGACCUGACUAUUGAAGUUGCAGAUUCAUUUUUCUUUCUGAUGUCAAAAAUGUCUUGGGGAGGUGGGAAGGAGGGUUAGGGAGCGGGUAAAAUUCCUUAGCUUAGACCUCAGCCUGUGCUGCCUGUCUUCAGCCUAGCCCACCCCAGCCUUCCCCUUGCCCAGGGCUCAGCCUGGUGGGCCUCCUCUGUCCAGGGCCCUGAGCUCAGUGGACCCAGGGAUGACAUGUCCCUACACCCCUGCCCUGCCCUAGAGCACACUGUAGCAUUACAGGGGGUGCCCCCCUUGCCAGACAUGUGGUAGGAGAGGGACCCACUUCACACACAGGCAACUGAGGCAGACGGCAGCUCAGGCCCAUUUCUUCUUGGCCUUAUUUAUUAUUGUGUUAUUUAAAUGAGUGUGUUUGUCAGCGUUGGGGAUUGGGGAAGACUGUGGCUGCUGGCACUUGGAGCCAAGGGUUCAGAGACUCAGGGCCCCAGCACUAAAGCAGUGGACACCAGGAGUCCCUGGUAAUAAGCACCGUGUACAGAAUUCUGCUACCUCACUGGGGUCCUGGAGCCUCAUCCGAGGCAGGGUCAGGAGAGGGGCAGAACAGCCGCUCCUGUCUGCCAGCCAGCAGCCAGCUCUCAGCCAACGAGUAAUUUAUUGUUUUUCCUUGUAUUUAAAUAUUAAAUAUGUUAGCAAAGAGUUAAUAUAUAGAAGGGUACCUUGAACACUGUGGGAGGGGACAUUGAACAAGUUGUUUCAUUGACUGUCAAACUGAAGCCAGAAAUAAAGUUGGUGACAGA